AAGCCAUAGCGAGUCAAACAACUAGUUACAACAGGAACUAAAACAAAAGCAAUCAUCACUAACCAGUAGACCAAUACACUCAGGAAUCAAGAUGUCAAGCACCUUCUCACUCGCAAUCAGUGCUGCAAUACUGCUAGCAUGUCUAAUACAUGUAACGAACACUGCACCAGCAAUCUCGAUACUAGAAAAGCUGACUUGUCGGCAUCAAGAUGUAGCUGCGAAAAAAAUGUGGAAGAAAUGCAUUAUGCCAAAUAAAAAUCAUAUAAUUUCUUCACUUAAAGGCCGUCCUCUCGAUCUUCCACAUAAACUCAAGGAUAACAAGAUACCAGUAAUGGACAUACCACCAAACUCUUUUAAAUGUUUUGCUGUUAUGAGGUAUGCUUCUGAUGCUAGUGUUGCAGUGCCUAAAUGUCCAGCAGUUUGCAAGUUAUAUAAUCCUAAAGAGAAGAAUGGAUGUGCAGUUGGCAAUGAUCUCCUCAACAAUGCAUUCACUGAGAGACGAGGUAUCUCAGUGCUUAAAUCACCACGCUAUGGUUGUAGCAACUAUUCAAGAAAUGAGAUAUGUGUUUAUCAUGUACAAAUGCCUUGCAAAGGUAAACGCGUUUUCUUGUCUCGAGAAUCAUCUGAAAUAGAUCUAGCUGAAGGAGAUUCGGUUGAAAUCAUUGUCCGAGAGAAUCAAACAAUAUAUGAAUCAAUCACUGGAAAUGGCAUUGAACAAUCACUUAAUAUAAAAUCAUCUAAUUUCUUUGUUCUAUUCUUGAGUGAAAAAGAUGCAACACAAGGUGCUGGGUUUAAACUUCAGUUUGAAUGCCAAGAAGAAGAUGAAGAUGAUGAAGAUCUGGAAGGAUCUGGACUAUAAUAUGAAUAAACUAGAACCUUAUAA